AUGCCGCACCCGUCGCUGUACGUACGCCCGCCCGCGUACCCGCACCCGUCGCCGUACGUCGCCGCCAUACGCCUGCACGUCUCCACGUUGGCGUCGAUAGUUAUUGGCAAAAAAACGACACGCAACGUCACGCCGUUGUCGCGUUCAUCAUCGGACAAAAUGGAUCCGGGUGAAAUCCUCGCCGCCGUGCAAGAGUUAGAGGAGGAGGGCGAUUAUGAUGGCGAUGAUUACGGCGAGGACAAUGAAACCUCUUCACUGAAUAUGGAUGAACCUGCUGAGGAGAACUACAUGAGUUUGGAUGAAUCUUAUAGUGGCAAUCGACAUGGCGAUGAUGAUGAUCAUAUGGAUAUAGAUGAUUCAUUUGCUGAAAGUGCACUCUGGAUGGACGAGGAUGGGGACUUUGUGAGGAAUAUUGUGGACGAUGAAAGUGACAAAUCGCAUGUUGAUGCAUCUCAUGAUGAUAGCUCCAGCAAAGGAGAUGUAGAUGGUACAAGCGGGAAGGAUGAGCAUGUUGGUGAUGAUCUGUUUAAUUUUGACAUCGGAUUUGAUGAAUAUCAGCAAGAAUCAUUGGACAUGCAUUGGAAGGUCAUGAGGAAGACGUUCAAGUCACUAGAAGAGGCUUACAAUUUCUAUAACCAGUAUGCUUACGAGCGUGGUUUCAGCGUAAGAAAGGACUCACUGAAAUAUUCAAAAGGUCCUGAGGGAACUAAGCGCUUGAGAAAGUAUCUGUGUGCGAGAGCUGGGAAACGACAGGCAAAACUUUGUACAAUGGAAGGCAGGACCCGCAGGCUGAGAGGGGAGACUCGUUGCUUCUGCGAUGCGCAUAUAACUUUGAAACUUGAUAAAGAGCGUGACGUUUGGUAUGUCAGCAGUUUCAGUGAUGAUCACAGUCACGUUCUAGCUAGACCGGAUGAAGUCACGUUUCUUCGGUCUCAUAAUCAGAUAAAAGAAUAUCAGAAAGCUGAGAUCUUAACUAUGGCAGGUGCUGGAAUCAGGAAACAUAUGAUUUAUGAUCAACUCGUCAGUAGGUACGGGUCAUAUGCAAAGGCUGGUUUUGGGAGGAAGAAGCUUUAUAACAUGUGUUACAGAGAAAAAAUGAAGUUGCUUGCACAAGGUGAUGCAGACACUGCCAUUGGGAUCAUGAUGACUAGAAGAGAGAGGGAUCCAGAUUUCUUCUUUGAGCACACCGUCGAUGAUGAAGGAAGGCUGAAAAACAUAUUCUGCCGUCGGUCCAGUCUGACGUCAGACUGGCUGGCGCACUUGUCGGGCUAUUUAAAAAAAAAUAAGAACGACGGUGUUAUAAGCGACGGCGACAGUGCAGAAAAACAACAGUAA